CAAAAUGUCUGAGUCUGUCAUCAGAUCGAAACAAGCUCAGAGAGAAGUCAAUGGAAUUCCAACAGAAGUCGUCUGUACAGAGUUCAGUAAUUACAUAUUUGUAGUUCUCACUCAGUAUGGCAAAAUUGGGACAUUGAUCUCUGUCACACCCGACUCCAGAUCUAAUGAUCUAAGCACCCCAACGUUCUCUACAAAAGUACUGCUGGGCAAAGAUGAGCCUCUGACACAUGUCUGUGCCAAAAACCUGGCAAUGUUCGUGUCGCAGGAAUCUGGCAACCGGCCUGUCUUGCUGGGACUGGCACUGAAGGAUUCCUCCAUAGAUGCAAUAAAACAAAUUAAAGAGAUGAUCAAAAGUUGUCAAGUCUGGUAGGAAGUAAUUAAAACGGACAUGAAGCCUGUAGGCGGCGUAAAAUACAGCUCGUCUGGAUACACUGUCACGUUUUAUCUCUGCAUCUUUUUUUAAAUGAAACUCCUCCAAAAAUUAAUCUGAUUAAAACAAUUAUGUCUCCAAGACAUAAAUGUGCAGAGCAGAUUGUCUUCCACAAAACAUGAUUUAUGAAACGCAUAAUUAACUGUUUGUUAAAAAGAAAGAUUUUCUGCAUGUUGUUUUCCUUUCAAAAGCUCAAGGUGUGCUAAGUGAUGGUUUGCAAAAUGAUGUCAUCGCUGUAUAUUUUUUUCAUUAUUAACACUCUGGAUUAUUUUUGUCAUCAUCCUCAGAACUUUGUACUUUUGUGAAAAAAAGCCUUUUAUAGAACAUAUGAUUCAUUUGUAUUUAAAGAUGCAUAUGAGCUUGGUUAAGAUAAGAGCCUUGGUUUUGUCAAGUACAUUUUGUUAUUCAUUUGUUCUAUAACAUCUCACUACUUGAGCUUUGAUAUUAGAACAAUAGCUAACUUUUAUAUGCAUUAAAUGUAAUUAAUAUGCUCAA